UACAAAUGGAUGAAGACUAUUGCUUAACACAUUGUAAGCCGCCCUGAGUCUUUGGAGAAGGGCGGGAUAUAAAUUCAAAUUUUAAAAAAAGCAAGAGACCCUAUAGAAUUAAUUCAGGUUUCUUAAAAAUAUAUGUAGUUUUAUCUCUUCAAAUUAAAAAAAAAGCAAUCAGCAUUUCAGUGUAAAUUUGCCUUUUACUAAUAACUGUACUUUUGGAUCCAUUAAAACUAUUAAAUGUAUUUAUGUGCCUGGGUAUGUUGCCCGUACAUACACGUACACCCCUACAAAUGUACAUUUGUUUCUGCAAAGCCUUCAUUUUUAUUGCAUUAUGUACAGUUAAGGACAUGGUCUCCUUAACUUAUAUUUAUACUGUACGUUUUGUUUUAUUGUUUUGUUCCCCAGGAUGAAGGGUGGGCUAAAAAAAGGUGUUCAUAAAUAAAUGUGUUAUACACUGAAAUACAUUGUUAAAACAGCUUUAAAAACAGCAAAGAUCCCCAGAAUUUUGACAAUGGCGAUCAAGGCCAUCGUUCUAAUUUUCAUCUAUGGACAACUGUGGGGGAGCUACACCGCUGGAAAGGGGCCUACGGGCGUGUCGCUCGAUGCUGAACCCCACAGCUUUCCAUCUCAAGGAAGUCAAUUCAAAGACCCUACCAAAAAUGUACAGCAAACGCCAUCCAGCAACCUCCCACUUCCUACCACGACAAAAGGACCUACACUUGCAAAUGAACAUUUAAUAGCCGCCGUGAUCAUUGGGGCCAUCCUGUUGCUCAUGAUUGUGAUCAUCGUUGCCAUCUUCCUCUGGAGGCAACGGAAAAGGUCAGAUCUGCCUCUUCCCCACUGGGCAGGACGCUCCCCGUUUGCCGAUGGAGACGUGCCCGACCUCACUGUGGAUAAGGAACCGCUGCAAGGCAUAAAACGGAUGUCCGCUCUCUCUCUCUUGCCAUGGAAAUUUAACAAGGACGCACAACUGCUGGAAAAUGCAGAAGGACAACUGUCUGAAUCAAGGAAGUCCCUGGAGGUUCCACAGGGGUCGGGUGAGGCAGGUACAGAGAGCGAGUCAAGCCACACUGCCACGGCAACCUUGGAUUCUUCAGCCAGCAGCCAAACCCAAAUUUCCGAGGAACCAAAGAACUUAACGGACAUUUCGCUCCAGCCUGAGAGUCCAAGGCUACAAGAUCCUCCUUCGGCCAGCUGGCCCAGGGGAGUCAAUGGGGAUAUUUUUAUCCCUGAAUCCCUUCCCAUGGAACAAGAUGUAGCGAACCAGGGUUCCAUAAUGCCAGAUCUGCCCCAACAAAAUGUUGAUGAAGCAGUGGUACUUCCUCCACCGCCAGAAGAAUUUUUGUGUAACUGAUUUUUGUAGAUACUGGCGCAAGUAAUUGCUUCCUCCUGGUUGUUUUUUUUUAAAAAACAUAUACUGGAAAAACAGAGUAGAUCCAUUUACUUUCAUCUUUUGUCACAAGACAAAUUCCUUGUGUGUUCAAUCACACUUGGCCAAUAAAAAAUUCUAUUAUAUUCUAUUCUUUUCAUACAGGCAGUACUCGACUUAUGACCACAAUUUCUCUUGCUAAACAAGGUGGUUGUUAAAUGAGUCAUGCCCAAUUUUAUGAGUUUUUGCCACCAUUAUUAAGCAAAUUGAUCCGUUUAUCUAACCAUGUUUAUUUAACCAUAUAUCUGAAAUGAUACAGGAUCACCUGCUCGAGCAGGGGCUUGAACUAGAAGACCUCCAAGGUCCCUUCCAACUAUAUUAUUCUAGAUUCUCUGUUCUAAAUCAUCAGAGUUAACUGAUUCACAUGCUCAUGAAGUGAGUUUAGCUUCCCCCAUUGUUUUUGCUUUUUUUUAUUUGAAUUUAUAUCCCGCCCUUCUCCGAAGACUCAGGGCGGCUUACACUGUAUUGAGCAAUAGUCUUCAUCCAUUUGUAUAUUAUAUACAAAGUCAACUUUUAUUGCCUCCAACAAUCUGGGUCCUCAUUUUACCUACCUUAUAAAGGAUGGAAGGCUGAGUCAACCUUGGGCCUGGAGGGACUUGAACUUGCAGUAAUUGCAAGCAGCUGUGUUAAUAACAGAUAGACUUAGUCUGCUGAGCCACCAGAGGCCCCUUGUCAGAAGCCAUUUGGGAAUAUCCCAAAUGAUGAUCACGUGACCCUGGGACAUCACAACUAUUGUACAUAGCAUACAUGACAGUUGCCAAGUGCUGGAAUUUUGACCUUGGGACUGUGGGGAAUGCUGCAACUGUCAUAAGUGUGAGGGUUGGUUGUAAAUCACUUUUUUCAAUGCCAUUAUAACUUUGAGCAAUCACCAAAUGAACGGUGUUAAAGUUGAGGAAUACAUGUACUUCCACAGAUGCUUUCAGGAAGACUCCAUAGCCAAACAUUCUCUACGGUCUCUGAUAUUCCCAAGUGAGCUUUGGUUGCAAAGACAGAUUUCAGGAACAUCUUUCUACCCCAUGGAUUUAUUGCUCCUACAUUCUUAUGUUUGGAAAAGACUCAUUUUUUUUAUGAGGAGGUGUUUUGUUUUUUUUUCAAAGCCUUUAUCAUCCUGGAAUCCUUCUAAUCUGGUGUGAACUUUUUCUAAUCAAAAAACCUGCACUUAAUGGGACUAUUUAGUGCUUUUAAAUCAUCACUCAGCAAUGUGGAGGUUUGACAUUGGUGCCGCACUUUGAAGUUUGACCCUUUUGAGAAAAUUUCCUCUACUGAAAUCGCAGCACAACUUCUGACUGAACAGUCAUUUUGAAUUUCGUAAUUCUUUUCUUUCCCUUAAUUAUUACCCUUAGAUGUUCGGCUGUAUCCUGUGUAUCCACAAAGUUAUCAAGAAUUUAUCCUCUCCUACUUUCCAUUUUGCUUGAAAGUCUAUUUAUAUAUCUUAUCUAAAAAGCUGUGCCCUUUUUUUUUUUUUUUUGACCAAAGAAAAGCACCUGACCACAAACUGAACUACUCUCAGUUUCCAAAUUCCUAUACAGUACAUUGGGCCUAUUGCGAUACACAGUGUUCUAUUACACACAUUAGGUGGCAAUGAUAAGAAUACAUUAGCUGCAGCUUUAGUGUGUUGAUGGGCUUGCAGGUUGCAGAAAACUCUGUAUUUGUGCAAAUGCAAUUGUUCUAAGUUAUUAAUGAGAGGGAAUCAGAUUACCGUAUAUACUCGAGUAUAAGCCGAGUUUUUCAGCACGUUUUUUGUGCUGAAAAACGUCCCCUCGGCUUAUACUCGAGUAUAUACGGCUUAUACUCGAGUUUUUUUUUUUUCUUCUUUUUUUCACAUUAUACCGGAUGGCGCAAACUUGGCGGGCUUUUGCAUUAGCGCGGGGAAGCCCUGCCGGUGCAGUGAGAGGGCGGGGCGGGGGAGCCGCCAGCCUUCUCGGCUGAGGGAGGUUUCCCGACCGGUAGCUGCCUCAUUUCCCACCCUCGGCUUAUACUCAAGUCCCCAGUUUACCCCAGUUUUUUGGGGUAAAAUUGGGGGCCUCGGCUUAUACUCGGAUCGGCUUAUAUUCGAGUAUAUACGGUACUAACUUUCAAGAGAUCAGGGUUUAUUUUACUACCGAAAGAGCCACUGCUUUAUUCUCUCACAAGGAUAAGUAUUCCUAGAAUAGAUGCACUUCAAGAAAGAUUUUAGCCCCAGUUAUCACAAAGCAUUAGCCAGCUUUCCUCAAGUUGGCUGGCAAAUUGUAGGAGUUGCCAUCCCAAAACAUUUGAAGGAUAUCAAAUUGGAGGAGACUGGAUGCUAUGAAUUAAGAACCAUAAAAAUAUUUUCCCUUAAUGUCGUUCAACAAACAUUUGCAAUUAUUUUGUUAAGCUAGCCUGGGAAGAAUUUUGUUUGGGAAAAUUUUUACUAAAGGAAUACUACAGGUGAUCAGAAGCAACGUUUGGGAAGUCUGGUCUUUAGCCAGGCAGGAGAUACAGAGACCAAAUUUUUGUCUUCAGUGGGUCACAGAGAAAUUUAUGAAUGAGACAGGAAAGAAAAUGCUAUGUUUUUUGCUACAGACAAAGUGUAAAAUAAAAUUAUGGAGACACAGAGAUGAAAGUUGAUGGCUGCAUGAGAUAAGAGGGGAAUAUGAUUGAAGGAAACCCAGUGAGGGAAUAAAUAGUAUAUUUGGUUCAACCCUGAGCAGAAGGUCAGACAAAACGGAUACUCCCUUGCUUCUUUAAUGUAGUUAUCGAGAAUGUUUUUGGUGACAUUAGAAAUACAUUGGGAAGAGAAAUGAAAACACAGUACAGCUAAUCCUGUGUUCUUGGAACAUUUGACAGUGACAUUUAAAACAGCAAUGAAUCUGAAUCUGAAUCUGUUUACUUAAGACAGGAAAAUGAAUGGAGAAAUAUUAAGACAUGCAAAUACGGGUAAAAAGAUACAGGCAGUCCUCAACUUACAACCCCAAUUGAGCCCAAAAUAUCUGUUGCUCAGUGCUAAGACAUUUGUUCUGUGAGCAUUUUACACCCUUCCUUGCCACAGUUGUGAAGUGAAUCACUGCAGUUGUUAAGUUAAAACACAGUUGUUAAAUGAAUCUGGCUUGACUUUGCUUGCUAGAAGUUACAAAAAGUAAUCAAAAGACCUCUGCAACCGUCAUAAAUAUGAGUAAGUUGCCGAGCAUCUGAAUUUUGAUCACAUGACGAUGGAGAUGGUGUAACGUUCAUAAAUGUGAAAAACAAUCAGAAGUCUUCUUUUUUCCCCCAGUGCCGUUACAGUCAUUAGACAAAUUGCUGUAAGUUGAAGAUUACCUGUAGUUGUAAGUGGUCAGUUGUAAGCAAUGAGUAACAAGAAAUUAAAAUGCCUUGUUUAAGAGCAUGUUUUUGGCCAUUCUGCUAUAAAGUAUGGGUUGGUUAGGUCAAGAAAAACAAACAUUUUUACAAUGGGAAUGGGACUUUUAAGAACAAGAACAAGAAUGGCACACAAGUACAAGAAGUGAACGGAAUAAAUGUGGGCUAACUAUGGCAGCGAGUAAAUAAUACACUGAAGUGGUUUGGAAAAAGAAUAAAUAAGGAUUCAAUCACAAAAUAAAUAGACAUAUGAAAGAAGAGUAAAUAGGUUGUGAGGAAGGCCAAAAUGAGAAAAUAGCAGUUGGGUGGCAUUAUGAAAAUCCUUAUUUUUUCUCUCAUGCCUUCAAUUAUUAUUCAAUGGUAUUGAAAUAAUAUCCCUUCUUCUUUUUCUGUGCUCUGCAUAACCCUGCUUAUGUUGAAAGGGAAGAGCUUGAUGCGGUAUGCAUAUAUGCAAAAAAGGAGAGGCUUAAAGAGGAAACAACAGUGUCAUGACCUGGAGGACUUGCCAUCAUUGAAAGAAGUAUAAAUUAGGUGUCAUAUCACAGAAUGCUGCAGCAGAAUAUCAGGCCGUCUACGGAUCAGUCAAAAUGAAGUGCCAGUGGGCCAUACAGGGAAAAUAUGUUAAUCCCAAAUACACAAGGGAGUGAAGAACAACAAAUGCAGUGGUUUGGUUCCAGAUCUACUGUGUUUCCCCAAAAAUAAGAUCCUGUCUUAUAGUUUUUUGAACCCCGAAAUAAGCGCUUGGCCUUAUUUUCGGGGAGGUCUUAUUAUUUUGGGGCAUAUGGAGCAAGACAGGGCUCCUCUUGCCGUCUUUCCUGAUUUCCAGCUCUGUCUCCCUAACCAGAGGAAAUGGUGGGGACUGGCUGCCCAUGUGGUUAAAUAUUUUUGAGGAGGGCUUAUUUUCAGGGGAGGGCUUAUUUUCGGGAAAGGGUUUGUUUUCAGGGGAGGGCUUAUUAUCCGAGAAGGUCUUAUUUUCAGGGAAACACAAUAAAAUUCAAUAAUAAAUUAAAAAAAUAAAAUAAAUAAAAAUUAAAAUAAUAAUAAAUUAAAAAACAAGACAAAUUCCUUGUGUGUCCAAUCACACUUGGCCAAUAAAAUUCUAUUCUAUUCUAUUCUAUUCUAUUCUAUUCUAUUCUAUUCUAUUCUAUUCUAUUCUAAUUCUAUUCUAUUCUAAUUCUAAUUCUAAUUCUAAUUCUAAUUCUAAUUCUAUUCUAAAUUGACCAAAAUUUGUGGCAGGAUCUGAAUCAAAGCCAGCAAACAUAGCCGGCAAAUCCUCAAAUGUUACAACUGGCCAUGGUGAAAUGGGUUAAAAUUCCUACAGAAGGAUGUGAAAGACUAAUAAUAGAUUAGAAGCACUUGGUUGCAUUUAUCGCAACUACAGUAAAGGUAAUACAACCAGUUACUGAAUCUAAGGAAUUAAUUAUUGUUUCAUAGUGGUAUGUCCCAGGCUGGAUAAUUUUGUAAAGAAAUGUAUGAGGCAAGCACUAUAUGAUGGUGGUACUUGUUUACUCAGACUUCCUUUACAUAUCAGCAGGACCCCUAUAAUGCUCUGAUAACAUCUGGUGAUAAAGAUUGGGGGAAAUAUGAGAGAAAAUGGAAGUUACUCUUUCAUAAAACUAUACAUUAGAGUACCAAUUGCUACAGAUGAAAAGAGACUCAACCAGAGGUGGGAUUCAUCAGGUUCUGACCAGUUCUGGAGAAUCGGUAAAUACCACCUCUGACUGGCCCUGCCCCCAUCUAUUCUCUGCCUCCCGAGUCCCAGCUGAUCGGGAGGAAAUAGGGAUUUUACAGUACCCUGGAGUGGGAAGGGAAUGGAGAUUUUACAGUAUCCUUCCCCUGGAGUAGGGAGGGAAUGGGGAUUUUGCAGUAACUUUCCCCUGGAGUGGGGUGGGAAUGGAGAUUUUACAGUAUCCUUCCCCUGCUACGCCCACCAAGCCAUGGCCACAGAACUGGUAGUAAAAAAAAUUUAAAUCUUACCACUGGGCUCAACCUCUCAUGGUAUUUAACUCAGUUCAGUUUGAGGGUGAAGUUUCGUUCUCCGAGCUUGUGGGCUGGUUUCCGAACAUUUCAUUUCCAGGCUAGGUAACAUCUUCAGUGGACUUUAGGGGAUGCCAGUUUUCUUCUGUUUAUAAGGGCUUCAGGUAUGGGUGUGUCAUGUGAGGGUCUUGUGAUGGGCCAGCUGUGGGUCAUCAAUGAGUGUUGUGAUGGGUCUUAUGAUGGGUAGGUCAUAUCAGGUUAGGGUCAUUGGGAGGUGAGCUGCUGGUGUGGGGAGGUUGCGUGGGUUGGUUGGGGGUCAGUGCUGCGUCUGGUUGGCUGUGUGGUCGAUUUGGAUUCUGAGGGGUUCGUAGACUGGCUGUAGGUUGAUGUGUCUGUUGAUGGAAUUGCUUGUGGAGUGCCAGGUGUCAGGCCUGGAAGCCAUCUUUUGGAUUGGAUCUUCAGGCCUGCCACAUUUAGUGCUCUGGAAAACUGGAAGGGGGGAUUGAAUGGAGCAGGGGAGAUGUAUAGUCAUAAUAACAUUCCUUUCUCUGAGAGUCAAGGACAUCCUGCCCUGCACCUGUAGGGGCGUGACUGGGAGGCAUCUCCAGUUGGCACGGUGCAUUGAUUGGAUCAUGUAAUGGACAUGUGGGUGUUGGGCAGGGACAUGGACUUUUCUUUGGGUGGGGAAAACCUGGAAGCUUUCAGAUUCAAGUUUACCCAGAUGUGCCAUUAUGACAUCUCUAAUAAAGUGGAACUUUGAGGAAUCUCUAGCCUCAGAGUCUUAUUUCCUUGGGGUGUGUGACUUGGAACCCGACACUAGGCUUCAAGGAACUCACAAGCAUGUGGUGGGAUAGCGUGGCCAAUGAUUUUUGUGUUGCUCCGUUUAGUUUGGCUUAAUUUUAAUAUUCUAAAUUUUUAAAAUUUUAAAUUUUAAUAAUUUUAACUGGUGUAUUUUAUUGAUGGGUCAAAUUUGACGGUUUUAAUUUUCGGCCAUUCAUAGAAUAUGUUAUUUUAACUAUGGUUUUAAUCUGUAUAUUGUUCUGUUUUAAUCUGGCUGUACACCGCCCUGAGUCCUUCGGGAGAAGGGCAGUAUAAAAAUCUAAAUAAUAAAUAAAUAAAUAAAUAAAUAAAUAAAUAAAUAAAUAAAUAAAUAAAUAAAUAAAUAAGUUUUCCAGGGAGUCUUGAGUAGUUGGCUAAACACUGUUUAGAUCCAAUGUGUACUAACCCCUACAUCAAAUCUCUGCAGGAGUUUUAGAGAAGUAAGCCUUCCUUAUUUUUCAAAAGCAUUUUCCUGUUUGAGAUGAUUCAUCUCACAAAAAGAAUGGUCUGCCUUGAUUGGAUAAUGCUUGUAUAAUUUUCUUGUUUUUACUUAACUAAGAUUUUCCCAUCUUGUAUCAUGGGCCUUUACUUCCUCCAAGUAACUUUAUGGUAACUUCAGAUGUAACAGAUAGAUGUACUGCUAAUAAACUACAUCUGUAUCAUGUCUGCUGUUUCAACUCCUACCCUCUGUUCCAACUGUUUCAACUCCUACCCUCAAAACGACGCUAUAGAGCACUGCACACCAGAACAACUAGACACAAGAACAGUUUUUUCCCAAAGGCCAUCACUCUGCUAAACAAAUAAUUCCCUCAACACUGUCAGACUAUUUACUAAAUCUGCACUACUAUUAAUCUUCUCAUCGUUCCCAUCACCAAUCUCUUUCCACUUAUGACUGUAUGACUGUAACUUUGUUGCUGGCAAUCCUUAUGAUUUAUAUUGAUAUAUUGACCAUCAAUUGUGUUGUAAAUGUUGUACCUUGAUGAACGUAUCUUUUCUUUUAUGUGCGCUGAGAGCAUA